CGCCAACUCAUCGCUGCUCCGUGCCCCCGACCGAGCAGUAACUGCGACCCAGAAGGCGGAGCGGAUGCGGCUCAGGCCUGCGCUGAGUCACAUUAACUUUAUCCUAGAAGACAACUUUACAAGGAUCUAGACAGAACAGGAUUUAAGGAUGACUGAAUAUUGGGCUAAAGAAAUUUAAAACAAUCAGCUUAGCAAAUCAUAUACUCUUCAGUGGAGCUGAGAACGAUAAGUCUGCUCUUCACAGUGAUUUGGAACUUUCCAAUCCCAGGGAAAAUUUGACCAAGGGACUGCACAGGACUGAGUCCAUAUGGAAGAAGAGCUUUCCCUUUCCUAUGGAGAAAGUGGCAAGCCAGUACAGUCUACUCUGUCAUCUUUGAAGAUGUUAGAUGUGGGAAAGUGGCCAAUUUUCUCCCUUUGUUCUGAGGAAGAACUGCAGUUAAUUCGUCAGGCCUGUGUCUUUGGCAAUGCUGGCAAUGAAGUUUUAUAUACUACAGUAAAUGAUGAGAUUUUUGUGCUUGGCACAAACUGCUGUGGCUGUUUGGGAUUAGGUGAUGCCCAGAGCACCAUUGAACCUCGGAGACUGGAUGCUUUAAGUGGCAAAAAAAUAGCCUGCAUCAGCUAUGGGAGUGGCCCCCAUAUUGUCCUUGCCACAACAGAAGGUGAAGUCUUUACCUGGGGUCAUAAUGCUUACAGCCAGCUGGGCAAUGGGACAACUAAUCAUGGUUUAAUACCCUGUCAUAUUUCUACUAAUUUGUCAAACAAACAAGUCACUGAAGUUGCCUGUGGGUCUUACCAUUCUUUGGUGCUAACAUCUGAUGGAGAGGUAUUUGCCUGGGGUUAUAAUAACUCCGGGCAGGUAGGAUCUGGAUCAACAGCCAAUCAGCCGAUCCCUCGAAGAGUCACAGGCUGCUUACAGAAUAAAGUAGUAGUGAACAUAGCAUGUGGGCAGAUGUGUUCAAUGGCAGUGGUGAACACUGGGGAGGUCUAUGUCUGGGGUUACAAUGGAAAUGGGCAGCUUGGACUUGGCAGUAGUGGCAACCAGCCAACUCCCUGUAGAAUAUCGGCUUUGCAAGGCAUUCGUGUCCAGCGGGUUGCCUGUGGCUAUGCACACACAUUAGUCUUAACAGAUGAAGGCCAAGUGUAUGCUUGGGGUGCAAAUUCUUAUGGCCAGUUGGGCACUGGCAAUAAAAGUAACCAGUCCUAUCCUGCACCUGUCGUUGUGGAAAAGGACAGGCUCUCCAUCACACCAAUAUUGCGAGGGAGGAAUUUCAGCUGCUGCCGUCAGCCAAGCCCGUGCCCCACCCCUGACUUCCCGUGUGCUGCUAGGUGUUCCAGAAUUAUAGAGAUUGCGGCCUGCCACUCGGCCCACACGUCGGCUGCCAAGACCCAGGGCGGGCACGUGUACAUGUGGGGCCAGUGCCGGGGCCAGUCCGUGGUCCUGCCUCACCUCACCCACUUCUCCUGCACCGACGACGUGUUCGCCUGCUUCGCCACUCCUGCCGUCACGUGGCGCCUCCUGUCUGUGGAACCUGAUGAUCACCUGACAGUGGCCGAGUCGCUCAAGAGGGAAUUUGACAACCCCAACACUGCAGACCUGAAAUUCCUGGUGGAUGGAAAGUACAUUUAUGCACAUAAAGUCCUUCUCAAAAUUAGGUGUGAGCAUUUUCGUUCCUCAUUGGAAGACAACGAGGAUGAUAUCGUAGAAAUGAGUGAGUUUUCGUAUCCUGUUUACCGAGCCUUCCUGGAAUACCUGUAUACAGACAGCAUCAGCCUUCCCCCUGAGGAGGCAGUAGGAUUACUUGAUUUGGCUACAUUUUAUAGAGAAAAUCGUUUGAAAAAACUCUGUCAACAAACUAUCAAGCAAGGAAUCUGUGAGGAGAAUGCCAUUGCCCUGCUUUCAGCUGCUGUAAAGUAUGAUGCUCAGGAUUUAGAAGAAUUCUGCUUCAGGUUUUGCAUAAAUCAUUUGACUGUCGUAACACAAACUUCAGGCUUUGCAGAAAUGGACCAUGAUCUUCUGAAGAACUUUAUCAGCAAAGCAAGCAGAGUUGGAGCCUUUAAAAAUUGAUUCUCAUCUGCAAUAAAGAAUUUUUAGCAUUUCCAUUUUCCCUGCAAAAGCCAGAGAAUGACUUCUCCUUAACUGGCUGAAUACUUACGUUCUGUCAAAAGAAGGUGGUGGUCGGUCUGCCCUGUGCUGAAGUCUGAAGUUUACUGUAGAAGGCAUUCCGUGCUCUGAUCAGAUGUGACUAAGCUUAAGGGAAAAAAAUUAAAAUGUCUUAUUUACUAUUUCCUCUUUCAAGUCACUUAAAUUAAGUUGGACCCUUUUGGUACAUUGGUCUAAGUAUAUGCUAUCCUGGCCGAAUUUCUGUUCUUCAGUAGGCUGAGACCACAUAGAGAGCUGGGCAUUACAUUGUCAGCAUCCAAAACGAUGCCUUGUAUACACACUCAGUUCAUUUAUUAUAAAUCUUAAGUAUGCCCAGAAAACAAUUUUAUUUGUGGGAUACUGGAUGAAGGAAUAACUUGCACAAAAACAAAUUUGAAACAGCCCAUAACUAUUGAGGUUCAUAUUCUUCUGGUACCUGGUUCUAAGUAAUAGUGGUUGAUUUAGAGCAUUAAUUAGAAUUCACAAACGGCCUUGACAGUUUGUCAAAGUCCCAAGGGCUAAUUUUAAUUUUCUAUUUACUCUGAGACAUUAAUUUCUUAUAUGGGAUUAUUGAAUAUGAAGUACUAUCUUUGAAUGAAUGUUAUUUCUGGGCUCAUCUGCCUUACAUAAUUGCAUAAUGUCUUUUCCCUUUGGGUUGAGAGAUUUGCCUGUGUAUGUAAAAAUGAUUAUGUGUUUUUCUUGUAAUGGAGUUUUAUGUCACUAUGAAAUAGUUCUCUUAAUCUGGCACAGAAUAAUUAUAAAGUAUUAGCCGAAGAGGAGCUCAUACU